AGAUAAAAGAGCGUUCCGGGUGGUUGAGCGGGAGCGGGUAAAUCGGACACGACCAGCCUGUUUCUCAGUGUUCGUGUCAAUGGCGCAGUGCGGCAAUGGCCGCUUCCAAGGUUCCACCACUCCUCCACCCGACGCCUCCCUUCCAGCCAUUAGCACAUGAGAUCCACCUCUCGCGCCGCGCUCUCCCCGAGUCCCGAUGUCACGGGCGCCUCCCGCGUUGGCGGCUCCGGCCAACUCCACGUUCUCCCACCUCUUCCAGCUCUGCGCCCGCGGCGGCCGCGCUGCCCUCGACGCCGGGCGCGCCGCGCACGCGCGCAUGCUCGUGUCCGGGUUCGUCCCGACAGCCUUCGUCUCGAACUGCCUCCUGCAGAUGUACGCCCGCUGCGCAGACGCCGCAUGUGCUCGCAGGGUGUUCGACGCGAUGCCCCACAGGGACACCGUCUCGUGGAACACCUUGCUCACCGCGUACUCGCACUCCGGGGACACCACGACCGCGGUAUCACUGUUUGAUGCAAUGCCGAAUCCGGAUGUCGUGUCAUGGAACACGCUGGUCUCAAGCUAUUGCCAGCAUGGCAUGUAUAGUGAGUCGGUGGCCCUGUUUCUGGAGAUGGCUCGCUCUGGUGUUGCCUCCGACCGGACAACAUUUGCUGUCCUUCUAAAGUCGUGCGGUGCUCUGGACGACUUUGCACUCGGUGUGCAAAUUCAUGCAUUGGCGGUGAAGGCAGGGUUAGAUAUUGAUGUCCGGACUGGGAGUGCUCUCGUGGACAUGUAUGGCAAGUGCAGCAGUUUGGAUGACGCAUUGUUCUUCUUUUAUGGAAUGCCCGAGAGGAACUGGGUCUCGUGGGGUGCAGCCCUUGCUGGGUGCGUUCACAAUGAGCAGUACACUCGUGGGUUGGAGCUGUUCAUGGAGAUGCAGAGGUCAGGAAUGGGGGUGAGCCAGCCGGCUUAUGCGAGUGUCUUUAGAUCCUGCGCAGCAAAAUCAUGUCUGAGCACUGGUAGGCAGUUACAUGCACAUGCCAUAAAGAAUAACUUCAGUAUUGACCGUAUUGUUGGGACAGCUAUUGUGGAUGUUUAUGCUAAGGCUAAUAGCUUGGUGGAUGCUAAAAGGGCAUUCUUUGGGUUGCCCAGCCAUACAGUGCAAACGUGCAAUGCCAUGAUGGUUGGGCUUGUGCGCGCAGGGCUUGCAAAUGAGGCCUUGGAACUGUUUCAGUUCAUGACCAGGUCAGGUAUUGGUUUUGAUGCAGUCAGUUUAUCGGGUGUCUUCAGUGCUUGUGCAGAGAUUAAGGGGUAUUUAAAAGGGCUACAAGUCCACUGCUUAGCAAUGAAAUCAGGUUUUGAGACGGACAUCUGUGUCAGAAAUGCAAUUCUUGAUCUGUAUGGAAAGUGCAAAGCAUUGGUAGAAGCGUACUUUAUCUUCCAGGAUAUGGAGGAACGAGAUUCAAUCUCUUGGAAUGCUAUUAUUGCUGCUCUUGAGCAAAAUGGGCGCUAUGAGGACACCGCAGUUCAUUUUAAUGAGAUGCUGCGCUUUGGUAUGGAACCUGAUGAUUUCACAUAUGGUAGUGUCCUUAAGGCUUGUGCAGCUUUACAAUCUUUGGAGUUUGGUUUGAUGGUACAUGACAAGGUUAUCAAGUCAGGACUUGGUUCAGAUGCUUUUGUAGCUAGCACUGUUGUUGACAUGUACUGCAAAUGUGGUAUGAUGACAGAUGCUCAGAAACUCCAUGACAGAAUUGGGAAGCAAGAACUUGUUUCAUGGAAUGCCAUCAUGUCAGGAUUUUCACUGAACAAACAGAGUGAGGAUGCCCAGAAAAUCUUCUCACAGAUGUUAGAUAUUGGACUUAAGCCUGAUCAUUUCACCUAUGCUACAGUUCUUGACACUUGUGCUAACCUAGCUACCAUUGAGAUCGGGAAGCAGAUCCAUGGUCAGAUAAUUAAGCAAGAAAUGCUGGUAGAUGAAUAUAUAUCCAGCACCCUUAUAGACAUGUACGCCAAGUGUGGGUACAUGCAAGACUCACUGCUAAUGUUUGAGAAGGCACAGAAACGGGAUUUUGUGUCAUGGAAUGCUAUGAUAUGCGGCUAUGCGCUCCAUGGUCAAGGAGCAGAAGCACUCAAGAUGUUUGAUAGGAUGCAAAGGGAGGAUGUGGUUCCGAACCAUGCAACUUUCGUUGCUGUGCUCCGGGCUUGCAGCCAUGUUGGUCUGCUGGAUGAUGGAUGUUGUUACUUCCAUCAGAUGACCACCCGCUACAAACUGGAACCACAACUGGAGCACUUUGCUUGCAUGGUUGAUAUACUAGGACGGUCAAAGGGACCGCAGGAAGCUCUGAAGCUUAUUGGCACCAUGCCUUUUGAGGCGGAUGCAGUCAUCUGGAAGACUCUCCUAAGCGUUUGCAAGAUCCAUCGGGAUGUUGAGGUGGCUGAACUUGCUGCCGGCAAUGUUCUACGACUGGAUCCUGAGGAUUCUUCAGUUUACAUUCUUCUGUCAAAUGUAUAUGCAGAAUCAGGGAAAUGGGCUGAUGUUUCUAGGACAAGAAGGUUAAUGAAGCAGGGAAGGCUUAAGAAGGAACCUGGCUGUAGCUGGAUUGAGGUGCAAAAUGAGAUGCAUGGAUUCCUUGUAGGAGAUAACGUCCAUCCGAGAUCGAGGGAGCUGUAUGACAUGCUGCAUGAUUUGAUUGAUGAGAUGAAACUGUCUGGAUAUGACCCUGAUUUAGCUUCUUUUGCUGAGGUUGACGAAGAGGGCAGUGCAUCCGAGCAAGAUGAUUUACUUGGAAUGGUUGGUGGCUAGUCAGUCCUGUAUUGAGGUUCCAAUCUACUAUUUUAUUACAAAGCUCUGAACUUAAUCUCCCCUGCAGCUGAGACAGUGAUACUGCAAAAGAUGCUCAGGCAGAACUCUGAAGCUGUUUUCCCUGGCAUGUCACUGUACCGUAAAAUGGUUUUGUUGAUCUCAUGAGUGUAUGAAAUUCACCAACGUUGGAAGACAAACUGGUGCACAUAUUUUGCUAUAUAUAUGACAGACUUGGCAAUUGUGAUUCUUUCCGCCAUUUAUGCUGGUACAGGCUUGUAUAAAGGCACUUGACCAGAUGCAGCAGAAGAGUUGAGCGAGGUUAUUUGUCAUACAGUUUCUCUAAAGCAGAAUCCGAGGAUAGUAUUUGAUAUGCUUGUGCACCAGACGUUUUGACAAGAAGCUUGGGAUUACAACAAGGGAAGUCAAACUUUCCAGAAGAUGCAAAGGUCCGUCUAGCAAGCAUUAUCCAGUGCUAAAUGUACUGAAGAGAGGACGAUGUUAGUUUACAUGUGCUGCCCUGCUGCUGCUGUAUGAUGUGUCCUAAAAAAAAUCGGUCCAGCAGGCAGGGGGCUCAUGCGCCAGCGCCUAGCAGGGAUGUUGGCAAGACUGGAUGUUGGAGCUUUGAAGGAGAGCAGAUGCAAGGACACAGGGAGCUCAUGCGCCAGAAAUUUGUGGGCUGCACGACGGCGCGGCCGCGUAGAUGUCGUCACCGAUGCUCGGGAUUAGGAGCAGGGCUGGUGACGACUAACUCAAGAUCUCGGCGGGCAGCGGCUGCUCCGAGAGACGGCGGGCAGCUCGCUCCAGUGGUCGGUGCUCCCUGAACCGCGAGACGGGAAGAGAGAAUUGGGGAUGCCGUGCGUGCGGCUUGCGUGAAGAUGAGUCUGAAAGGAUGCGUAGGUGGGCUGGCCUACGAAGAUGCAUACUUAAUUAUUUUUUUGCCAAAAUCCUGGGCGGGCCACGGCCCAGUUUAGCCCCUACGAAGCUCCGCCCCUGCUCAUAGGUAUUUCCAUAGUGGUCCCCAAAUUUCAUAUUAUAUUCGUUACAUUCUAGCUUUCUAGGUACUCUUAGCACAAGAUGUGCAUGUUACUCCAAAAGUAGACGUGUAAAACACGAAGUUACCAAAACCUUCAUGGAGAUGUCCCACCUUCCUGAGAGUUGUUUUACCAUGAAUGCUCUAAUUGGGAAUUUGCAGAAGUUACACGAAAAAAAUAUGCGACUAAAUGAGUUGACACUCACAGUACCAAUAUAGAGUUUCAUGGAGCGUAGAAGUUUCAUCAAUCUAAAUGAAGUUAAACAGAGUAGCUUACAUUCAUAUAUUGGUUGUUAGAUACAUGCAAGCCCGCACCAGGAAAACCAAUCUGUUUGGCAGUUUGUAAAAGAAACUGAAUAAUAAGAAUCCUUUAUACCUAAGAGAUUCAUCCCAACUAUCCUAUUUAUCUCGACAUGCAGCCUAUCCACAUCAGCAGUCCGCCACGUCAGCAUCUCUUAAUGUGCAGCGUUCCAUUUGUAGAAAGUAAAAGUGAUUGCAAGAACUAAUUGAUUCUUAUCGGUUCCAAACUAUUUAUACAAGGCAGUCACAAUAUUGUGAGAGGAAAUCUAACCGCAAGAAGCGGUUGCUAGAGUGUGAGAGAGAUUACAACUGCUAAUGGCAGUUGUCGGAUGUUGGGUUCCGGCAGACCCUUAAGGUUCGAACUCUGGGGUGCGCACGAAGAUCUCUCCCCUACCGAUCUACGUCCGAUCGCCUCGAGAGAUCUAAGCUGGAAACGAUGAACAAC